CCGAAUAACGAAAUCGUUAAAAUUGUCGCUAAGUCAGUAGAAAUUCCUUCACAAGUCUUCGAACAGAACUAUUUUCAGAGCUGUUUAUAGUUCUUUAUUUUGACCUGCGAUUUGAUACACAGUUUUAAUAAACAAAUCUUAUAUAUUUCGGUAUUUAAUCAAAGAUAGCACUUAAUCGCUGGGGGGGAGAGUAAACUAAAAAGAAAUUUAAUUCGUACUUCCUCCUUUUCUUAGAAAACAAAUUUUUUGGCAUAUUAAUUUUGCAAUUAAACUAAUAUACAAAUAGAUUCGUUGAAGUAAUAUAGUUCGUUUUUCAUAUAAUGUCACACCGACUCCGCUUUCUUAAUCCAAAGAAAACUUUAUUUCUACUAUGUGAUAUCCAGGAAAAAUUUCGACAUGCCAUCCCAUUGUUCGAAGGUUUAAUUAAAAAUGUUAACAAACUAACAACUGCUGGCAAAGAAUUUGAAAUCCCACUUAUAGUGACGGAGCAGUUUCCUGAAAAAUUGGGCCAAACUGUUAAGGAUUUAGACGUUUCUCAUGCUGAAGCUAUUAUAAGUAAAACUCAAUUCAGCAUGCUUGUUCCUGAAUUGGAAAGUAAAAUUAAAACAAUAUACGGGGAAAAACCAUGUGAUGUUGUGCUUUAUGGACUAGAGUCACACGUUUGCAUAGAGCAGACUGCAAUAGAUUUCUUGAACAACGGUAUUAACGUUUAUAUUGUAGCCGACUGCUGUACUUCGCGCUUAAAUCAAGAUCGUGACUUAGCUUUGGAACGCUUACGAGAUGCCGGUUGUAUUAUUACUACAAGUGAAAGUAUAAUUUUUAAUUUGUUACGGGACAAGAAUAAUCCAAAGUUUAACGUUAUUCGAAAGUUAGUGUAUCCUCCAUCCGAAGAUAUGCAAUUAUCCAAGUCAUCUGGGCCAUCAGCAUCGAAAUUAUAAUUAUAAGCUUGAUUCGUAAAUUUGCUUAUAUGUAUGUUUAUUUCAUAUGCAAUUUUCGUAAAUGAUGAUUAUCUGUAAUUUUCUUUAGAAAAAUAUAUCCACUUAAAAAAGCCA